GGCGUGUUUGGAGAGGUUGACAAAUUCGUUAAAAAUUUAACUAAUUGUUUAUUUUUCCUCUAAUUCCUUAAGAUAAUAUGAUUCACAAAUUUAGUUAAUAUUGCUAGAAUUAGAAAAUAAACCUGUUAUCAUGUCUCUUAGCUCAAGUGUCGCAAAUUUAUCAGCAGAUACUCCCACAUACGAUGGCUCAACAAAUAUGUGUUUGGAACUUGCCUUAGAAGGGGAACGCCUCUGUAAAGCUGGAGAUUGUCGUGCUGGAGUAGCUUUCUUUCAAGCAGCUAUUCAGCAGGGUACCGACGAUUUGAGAACAUUAAGUGCCAUUUAUAGUCAACUUGGAAAUGCCUAUUUUUAUUUGGGAGAUUAUGGAAAGGCAAUGCAGUACCACAAACAUGAUUUAACACUUGCAAGAACAAUGGGUGAUAAACUUGGAGAGGCUAAAUCUUCCGGUAAUUUGGGGAACACCCUUAAAGUGAUGGGUCGUUUUGAUGAAGCUGUCAUAUGCUGUAAGCGCCAUCUAGAACUAUCGAGAGAACUGGAAGAUAAACUUAGUGAAGGAAGAGCACUCUAUAAUUUAGGAAAUGUUUACCAUGCCAAAGGAAAACAUAUUGGUAGAGUUGGUCAGAAAGAUCCAGGGGAGUUUUCAGAAGAUGUGAAAUCUUGCCUCAAUCAAGCUGUGGAGUAUUAUGAAGACAACUUGAAAUUAAUGCGCGAAUUGGAAGAUGUGGCAGCACAAGGGAGAGCCUGUGGUAACUUAGGAAACACAUUCUAUUUAUUAGGUGAUUUUGCCAAAGCGAUCUAUUAUCACAAGGAGAGAUUGGCCAUAGCAAGACAAUUUGGUGAUAAAGCUGCAGAACGAAGAGCGCACAGCAACCUCGGCAAUUCCCACAUUUUUAUGGGACAGUUUGAAGAGGCAGCUCAUCAUUACAAACGGACCUUAGCUUUGGCGCAAGAACUUGGAGAUAACGCCGUGGAGGCACAAGCUUGUUACAGCUUAGGAAACACCUAUACCCUACUCAGGGACUACGAAACUGCCAUCGAAUACCACUUAAGACAUUUAUUAAUUGCACAAAAACUGUACGAUAGAGUUGGUGAGGCCAGAGCUUGUUGGUCUCUUGGAAACGCUAAUGCUUCAUUAGGUAAUCACGAGAAAGCUCUUCAUUUUGCAUCUAAACACUUUGAAAUCAGCAAAGAGUUGGAUGAUCCAGUGGGGGAGGCAACAGCAAAACUCAAUAUAGCCGAUCUGAAGAAGAUACUCAACCUUGGCGAGGAGACUGCAGAGGCAGGAAGCAGCUCCUGUACCACUUCCAGUUCCUCGAAUAGUUCACUGAAAGAUGCCCAGAACAACAACUCUUCACAGAGGUUGAAACAAAGGGUGAGACGUGAUAGCAUGGAACAGCUUAGCCUGAUCAAGUUAACCCCAGAUAUCAAAGAUAAAAGCGCCAGCAGGUUACAGAAGGCUGCCGUACCCGUGAAACACGAAGACGAAGAUUCCUUCUUCGACCUUCUAUCCAAGUUCCAAUCGAAAAGGAUGGACGAUCAGCGGUGCACCCUCGCCGUGGACAACAAGGAAAACACGAACAAAGUUGCCAACACCAACAGUGUGGCCAACAGCCAUCAAGCUAGGAACGACGGUCCGGACGAUCUGAUCGACAUGAUUGCCGGCAUGCAGAGCAAGAGGAUGGACGAGCAGAGGGUCGAGCUGCCUAAUUUGCCAGGUCUUCAGGCCAGCUCCCUUCAAAGAUUGGCAGAAUCCCGAAAUAACAGCGUACCUGACGAUCGGUUCCUAGAUCAGCUAGUCAGAUGCCAGGCGGGUCGUCUUGAAGACCAACGCUCCCAACUGCCCGCUUCGUCUGAAGAUAACGAAGAAAACGAUAAUCCAGUACCCCGUCCGCAGAAAAGCGGCGCCACCGUUCCGGAUGAAGAUUUCUUCUCGUUGAUAAUGAGAGUGCAAGGCGGAAGGAUGGACGAUCAGAGAGCUGCUGUUCCGCAAGUGAAUCACAGAAUACCCAACGGCAAUGUACCCCAUGCUUCUGCUGGAAAUGAAUCCAAUUCCAAUGCACCAAAUAGAAAGAAGAAAUAAAUCUUAAUGUUUGAUAACAUAAAUGUUUGUAUUUUCAAAAGGUUAUCUAUUUCAAUUUUGAAUGAAAGGGUGAAGAACGAGUAGCAAUUUAUUGGAUUAAAAAAUUUUAAAACUUUCAAAGAUUCAGAUGUUUAUAGUAAUAUUUUGACAAAAUCAAAAUAUAACCUAAAAGAGUACGACUCAGAACAUCUGAAAGAACUGAACCUAGUAAUAAAAUUUUCAUAUUUUCUUUUAUUGAAAAUAAGUUGGAGUAACUUAACUUUCUUGUUGUAACGAGGCUGAAUAUGAUAUAAAAUAUUUUCUAUUGAAUUUCACUACAUUCAUUGUUUGAACUGAAUUUUCAAUGAAGCAAAGAGUAUAUUGUACAUAUUAUAUCUUUGAAUUUUUCAAAUGCAUGAUGAGGAUUGAAAUGCAUCCUGAAAAAUAAGAACAUUCUAAUAAAAAUAUAUAUUUUUUUCCUUGAACAAAUUGAUAUUAAUUUAUGUGGAAAUAGUUUACAUCAAUGUAUUUAAUCCAUAUGUAGAUUUUAAGGAAUUAAUGAUGGAUGCAAUAAUGUCCAAAACCCCACCAAUGUCUAUCGUUGAAAUUAAUUCGAAAUAUAUCUUGAAACUUUAUCUGUAAUAAAUUAAUUGAAUGUAAUAAUAGAAUUUAAAAAAAUGAUUCUCUGGAGGAAUGAUGUUAUUUGUUCUGAAAACAUCAACAAUCUUCUGAUUAGCUUCCUCCUGCUGAAUUAAAAAAGUUGCUGAGAUUCUAAGUAAGUACUUAAAGUACUUAAAUUUGUCCAUUUUAGAAAUAUUAAAAUUUAUGAAAUGAAUGUAUCUUGUGUAUAUGAACAUGUUAAUAUUGCAUUUCUUCCUUCAAUGGUACCCUUGUUGACUUGUUCAAAAAAUGUUUUGAUAUACAUGUGGAUAUUUUUAUGAAUCUUUUUAUAUUGUUAUCACAUUUAUACAUAUAUUUAACUAUAUACUAUUUGAAUGUAGAGAGGAUUCUUUUUACAUUCUUAAAUAAUUUCUUGCAUAAAAGCUGUUAUCAGUUGUUAAUGGAAUGAUGCAGGGAUAAAUCGAAUUACAGAUAUUGCUUUUUUGUGCUAAGUUUAUCAUCUUAUUUAUUUUUCAUUGAAGCAACAAGUCCUGAUGGAUUUAUAACGUACCUUAAUUUUAUGUAUAUAAACUUAUUUUAUCACAUUUUUAUAUUAUUAUUAAGAAUUUUGUAUUUUAUUUUUACUGACUACUGCUUUUUCUUCAUUUUCAAAUAAUAUAGAUUCUAUUUAGAAUUUGAUGAUCAUUUAUAUAAUUCAUUUGAAUAGUGCCAAAAUGAAUUCAAAACGACUUUAUCGAUCAAUUCUAGAUGAUGAAUCGGUUUAGCCAAUUUUUUUCUUGAAAAAGAAUUAGAAUGUACAAAAUCAAAGUAUAUAUUGAAGAUAUAAAUAAAAAAACUUAAAAAUUU